UUAGUUAACACUAUCCGCGUUUGCGUUACUGUGGAAAUUGUGGUCGAAUCAACGCAAUAUUAGCCACUUUCAAUGCAACAUACCGAAACAAAACGAACAAUGCAAGAUAUUGCAUUGUAGGCAGAACGCAACAGAGUAGGUUUCUAUUGCAUUGACAGGCAUGGUCUCAUCCCGUAAAGUACGCAGACCGGUGCGGCAUAACCAAUCAGAGCUGCAGUAAGCCUAUAUGCAAAUAGACCAUUGCCAUAUAUGGAUCCAUGCCAUUUGCUUUGAUCUGGACUUUACAGCUGGGGUCGACCAAAGAGAACAUGAGGGCCAUUGAUCACAGACUUUCUCUACCCCUGGCAAGUUUUAUUAUGGCCAUUUCCUUGACUACAACUACAACCCUGACAAGCUCUUCUGAGAGAGGAAAUAAUGCCACUGUCGCAAAUAUCCGUUUGGUUACUGCAAUCACAGAGACAAUGGCGCCAAACCAGACCUACACCACAGCCAUGUCAACUCCUUCAAAUGUCACUGUUGACGGUGCUCUCUCUACUACAAGUUACCAUAACUCAAGUCAGAACAGCACUGGAGCAACAACUCACAAUGCUGUGCAGGACAACUCAACAACCACAACAGCACUGGCUGAGAGCUCAAACACAACCACUGAGUCAACACCAUCAGCUUUGGCCCCUACAGCUAAUGCUACAUCUGCAGCCAUUACAGUCCCAGGUAUUGUCCCCUCCACUGCACCAACCACCCAAGCAGCCAAGACCACUGAAAACCAAAACAGUACAUCAAAUAUCCCACCACAACAAUCCACUAAGAAUCUUCCUCAAACCACAAAUGCUGCCAUUUCGAUGACAACCGCAACACAUAAUGUGACACAAGGUUUUGGACUAGACAAUUCAGAAAAAGGCAUGACGGUUUUCUUCAGUGUUGUGCUUGGGGUGUUUGUUUUGGGAAUAUUUAUGUACAUGUUGAAUAGAUGGAACCAGAUGAGGCAAUACUCACACCGACCUCUCUAUAACAACUCUGAGGCCGAAGUGGGUGGAUCCCUAGCAGCAGACGACACACUUGUAAUUUCAGGAGGACUCUACGAUGGUUCACAAAUCUAUAAUCCUACUAUGACAACUACUGAUAUGACGGAGGAUGAGUUCAAUUUUGAUAACCGUCUACAUGUGUCCCAGCGAUCACAGUUCCGCCUGGAGUUCUUAACUGAAGAACGAGAGAACUCCCCAGGCUAUGAGGCCUCUACCUUUCAUACUUUUCAGCCAAUUGAUGAUGAUUUUUAAUGUCAAAUCUAGCUUAUUUUUGUUUUUUUUAACUCCAGUUUGUAAAUGAUGUCCAAACUAGCCAAUAGGCUUUUUUUUAACAUCACUUUAACAAUUGCAUUGUUUAUACUGUUGAAGUCGGAAGUUUACAUACACUUAGGUUGGAGUCAUUAAAACCUUUUCAACCACUCCACAAAUUUCU